UAUUUUCACUUUUGUGAUGACUCUGUAACGAUGUGUGUUGGUACAGCUUCUUCGAGUAAGAAGUCGUCAAAAGAGACUGAUGCAAUAGAUGAGUUGUUUAACCAGUAUGCCAAUACUCAUUCCCAUGUGAUUGAUCCAGAAGGAAUUGAAAAUCUCUGCUCCAGUUUGAAAGUUUCUCAUACCGAUGUCAGGAUCUUGAUGCUCGCUUGGAAAAUGAAGGCUGAAAGACAGGGUUACUUCACACUGGUUGAAUGGAGAAGAGCACUGAGAGAAUUCAAGGUUGACACGAUCAGUAAAUUGAAGAAAGCCCUUCGAGCGCUCAAGGAAGAGGUCAGAACGCCAUCGAAUUUUGCAGAUUUCUAUGCCUAUGCCUUCCGCUAUUGUUUGACAGAGGAAAAACAAAAGAACAUCGACAUUGAGACUAUUUGUCAGCUCCUAGAUAUGGUCUUAGGAUCAACAUUCCGUGCCCAGGUUGACUACUUUGUCGACUAUCUUAAGAUCCAAAAUGAUUACAAAGUCAUCAACAUGGACCAAUGGAUGGGCUUUUAUCGAUUCUGCAGUGAGAUAAGUUUCCCGGACAUGAGCAACUACGAUGUAGAACUUGCGUGGCCAUUGAUUCUCGACAACUUUUACGAGUGGAUGCGCGAAAAACAAGCCUGA